AAGUGAACAUAAACACUUUUAUCCGCACAGUUUGGAUGCAGAGAGAGAGGAUCAUGAGACUCUUCGCUUUGGUUGUGGUGUGCGGGCUGAUGGUUGUUAAUGAUGGAGGGAGUGUGAGAGCCGCUCGGCCAGGAUUUGAUUUUGCACAAAGGAUACUUCCAAAAGGGUCAGUUCUUUCUACGCUCACAAGAAGAACUAUUGGAGCAUUUCUGGCGGACGAUGCCAACCCGUGUUUCUCCCUGAGAGAGAACGAGGAACAGAGGCGGCUCCUGUGCAACGACCGCAGGAAUCAAUUCAAUUUCAACCCGUUCGGUCUCCGCUUUGGGAAACGCUACAUUUACAGAAGAGCCGUUAAAAGAGCAAGGACCAAUACACUUUCACCCCUCUCUCUUAGAUCUUCUCUCUUCUUGCGAUAACUGGACGUAACAACUCAAAACAAAUAUGUCUUUCUCUGAGAUCUUGUGUACCAGGAUUAUAUUUAUAUAGAAUUGGCUAAAAAGCUAAACUCACUAAAGAAAAUGCAUUAACACAGGACAACAACAAGCACCAACAUGUUGUGUCAGCAUAUAUAUAUAUGUCAAAUAUGUCAUAUUGUAUUCAACAAAUCAUAUUGAAACAGGCCAAUGAACGUGUAUGAUGAAGGGUUAACUUCAAUUUUAAAUUGUUGUACAAAAAACGUUUUUCUAAUGCUGCAGUGGCUUCAUUUAACCAUGGCAUUGCAAAUAUGUUUCAAUGUUUCCACAUACAACAUACGGUACUGCUUUAUAUGAAGUAUAUCAAUAACAAUAAAAUGUGAAGUAGGAAACCACAAUAUUAAACAUACAAUGAAGUGCAAUCAGAUAUUAGUUAAAUUAAAUAAAUGUUUGAAAAUAAAUAUUUAUAAGAUCUUACCAACAUAUUUAAUAUACUUAAAUAAGUGCUGUAAUUAAUAAUCUUCACCUUGACCUAACCUUUUUAAAUAUAUUUCUGUCAAAUUAUUAUUUAUUUCAU